AAGCAAGUCAAGAUGAAGAACUGUUUGCUUUUCUGGGGAGUCCUGGCCCUUUUUGUCAAGGCUGCUCUUGUGACAGGUGAAGCUGAAAGGACCAUUCUUGCUGACAACAAAUGUAAGUGUGCGCGCGUCACUUCCAGGAUCAUCCCUUCUACAGAAGACCCCAAUGAGGACAUCGUGGAGAGACACAUCCGGAUUAUUGUUCCUCUGAACAACAGGGAGAACAUCUCUGACCCAACCUCACCACUGAGGACCACAUUUGUGUACCACCUGUCUGACCUCUGUAAGAAAUGUGACCCCACAGAGGUGGAGCUGGAUGAUCAGAUAGUCACUGCCUCCCAGAGCAACAUCUGUGAUGAGGACAGUGCUGCAGAGACCUGCUACAUGUACGACAGAAACAAGUGCUACACAACUAAGGUCCCACUCAUGUAUGGUGGGGAGAUCAAGAUGGUGGAGUCAGCCCUGACCCCUGACUCCUGCUAUCCUGACUGAUUUGAACCCUGCCUCACCCUACAACCUUUUGUCUGAGGCUCUCCAUUUGCAUCUGAAAAGUUAGUAUACUUACUGCUCAUGAAUUUGAAACAAAGAUUACUUUUUGAUGGUGUAAAACUAACUUUCCCUCUCAGUAGUUGCAAUAACAUUAUCUUUAUUUGGAAGUUCCCUCCUAACUCUAAGUAUUAAAUCUUCUGAUUGCUUAAGGAGAUAUGUUUGAGUAUGUUUAAGAGUAUAACUUCUAGCCUUUAAAAACAUAAACAAAGGGAGAAAGUAACAUUCAAAGAGGAAAAAUCAGGAAGCAUAGUAAAUCUUUUUUUGUUGUUGCUUUGUUUUAGAGAGCCGGAGUUUCCCAAUUUUUUACUAUUCUC